AUGGGUGAUACACCACCAGAAUCAUCUAGUAAAACUAAUGUUGUUGAUUUUGAUGAUCCUCUUUUUUUACAUCCAUCGGAUCAUUCUGUAACAACUAUUAUAAGUUUCAAAUUGCUUGGUACUGAAAACUUUAGGGUUUGGAAAAGUUCAAUGACUAGGGCUCUUAAAGCCAGGAACAAACAAGGUUUUAUAGAAGGUACUGAAUUAAAAGAUAAUAAGGAUGCUAUUAAAUCUCUAAAGUGGGACAGAGUUAAUGCUAUUGUAUGUUCUUGGAUUGUUAACUCACUUUCUGAAUCUAUUUACAUUGGGCAUGCUUGUUCUGAGUUUGCUUUAGAUGUUUGGAAUGAACUUUGUGAAACUCAUUUUAAGGCUGAUGGUUCUGUUGUUUUUAACAUUCAUCAACAAAUUAAUGGGCUCACAUAA